AGUAAUAUUUUCAGUUUUUGACCAUGUGAGUAAAAGUAAUAUAAUUUCUAUAUUAAUAACCUGUUCAAUACUUUCUGUUGUCAUAACACAGUCUCUCUCAUGUUCUCUUCUAAUAACAUCUGCUUCCAAUUUGGGAAAUAAAACCUGCAAAAAUGGACAGAAGGACAAAAGGUCUUUUGUACACUUCACAUGUCAGUUUUAUUGGUCCGACAGGCCAGUAUCAUAAUACUGAUUUUAAUUGCUUCGACUGGAGCAAACAUCAAGUUUUGGUAAAGAGGUGGGUCAAAAUGAAGAAUGUGUACAUCUCUCAUGAAAAGAGAUCAUCCUUCUCUAUGGUCAGGAUUAUGUUUUUAUCUAGGAUUAUAAAUGGUGAUAUUAAGAAGGGAGGGCUAGCUUGGCUCUUAAUAAUGACGGGUUAAUACUCGGGACUCAGAACUACUUUACCGUGUCAUGUUCAGCAAGCAUUUAGAGGAGCAUCGGUUGGAAUCUUUUUGAAUAGCAGUUUAUGUUAUACAUAUAGUUUUUUUGCAAUCGCAUUUUUUUUUCUCCUUUUAAUUUUUACAAGAUGACAUCUGCUGGAGUUAAGUUAAAAUCAGAAGCUGCUGAUACUGAGGCAUCAGUCAGUAAAAAUGACCUUGGUGCAAACCCUUUGAUCUCUGUGACACAGAGUACUCCAGAUGUCGACAGAAAGCCUCUAGUGGCACCUGUAAAUCAGUUACAAGUUCCUUCUCAGCGUCAACGCUCCAAUUCUUUAAGGGAAGAAUCACCUGAAGAACAGCAAAAGUUUCUCAGUAUGAUCACUCAUGGCCAGCGCGGACGUAUAGAUGACCAGUGCUGCGUUUUGAGUCCUAGCGCAGAUCGGGAUUUUUUUUUAAACCUUUUGACACGAGCUCAAAGUGGAAGGUUGGAUGACCAGCGAGCAUCACUUUCAUCAUUACCAGUAUCACAGAGUGAAAAUGGUGACAAUAAAGGAGACACAAGCUGCUUGUUUCAGAUGGUCUCAAAAGUCCAGGGUUCCAGGAUGGAUGACCAAAGGUGUUGCCUGCCUCAGCCUCAAGGCCCACAGGCCCAUAUUCAUGAAAAUAAUACAAAAUUAUCACCUGCUUUGGGUCCAGAGCGCUCAGCCUCCUUCAGCACAAAUUCGCAUGUAAAUCCAAAGAAUAAAGAGAAACGGCAAAGUGCGUUAAAUGUUAAUCCUCAAGGGUUGCCCAGUUCCAAACUUACUCUAAACACAAUGCCACAAGAUGAUGAAAAACUCUUCAGUUUGGUUGCAAACUCCCAGGGGAGACGACUUGAUGACCAGCGUAUGUUUCUUCCAUCAUUACCAGGAAUACAGAACGGAGGCACCACAUCAAAAGCAACUCCUGCUGAAAUGGAUGCAAGAUAUUUAUGCUAUUUAGUUUCAAGAGUCCAGGGCUCAAGGAUGGAUGAACAAAGAUGCUCAGCACCCCAAAUCCUAAAAAAAUUGAACACCCCUUCGACUGAUUGCAAAAACCUAAUAAAUGAUGCAUCUGAUAAACCUCCUGAGAGUUCAGCUAUCUUUAAUGCUCCUCAACAUUGGCAGGAUUUUUCUGCAGCUGAGCAGGAGCAUUUUUUUGAUAGGAUAAGACAUUCUCAAAGUGCGCGAAUGGAAGACCAACGAUGCUAUUUACAACCUUGCCGCAGUACAGCCACCACUCCAGUGCACAAUGGCGGCCCUUUGAAUAAUAGGCUCAUGGGGUCAAAACCUAUCGCAUUCGUCAACAGUAAGAACCCCAGUCAGGCACUGUUACCAGAUCAACAUUCUCCACGGACAAGUCAAAUAUAUGAAGCAAAGAAAAAUGCAUCACCACCAUAUAUUAUUGUGAAUGAAGGAACACCUGCUACAUCAAGGAAGUCCUUUCGCAGAAGUUCCUCUCAGCCCCAAAUUUUUGAUGCAGAUUCAAGCUCUACCUUGGCCUUACCUAAGUCUGCUUCAUUUACACCUGAGACUGAAUUCAGGACGGAUCAAAACUCUCAGGCACAGAUGACAUUGAAAGUAUCACUGAGUGUAACACCACAGCCAGGAAUAAAGAAUGACUAUCAAGUACCAGAAGUCUUCCUUACUCUUGGUGCUCCAGGAGACAAUGUUGUGAUUCCUCUUAGUCCAGUAUUUGGUAGACCACUAUCUUUGGACUUAAACCUAGUCCCGAAAAAGGAUGCUAAAUCUAGGCAUAACUCUCCAAGAACGGCAAGUCCAAGGAAAGCACAUUCACGGCCUUCGUCUCCCUACCGGGAACAAGAGCGUCCUAUAACUGCAGGCCCAAAUCAGAAGGAGAAACUUUUGACCUGUUCUGUCAGUCCAAAUAAAGAAUGCUUCUUUAUGAAAAAGAACCUACACUCUGCCCAGAUGCACAAAGGGACAGAUCUAGGAAGAGAGAAAUGUCAAGGUGUUCAUAAAAAGGGAAGAGAGAGAGUAGAGCAAGGAAAGGGAGUUGGAAAGAAAGAUAAUAAAUAAGUCUGAUUGUACACUAUCUGUACAUAAAAAUAAGUUAAAUAUAAAAUGUCAGAAAAAAGUUACACUUAGAAUGUAGGUGGGGGGUUUUUUUCCCCAAGGUUUUAUUGGCUCUACUGCCCUUUAUUUGAAAGCAGUUCAACAA